CAGAGUUCUGUUGCGGUACAAAGCGACUGGAGCGUCAAGGAAGAAGUCGAUCUCGGAAAGUUGACGAAACAGCUGGUGGCUUCCGCCGAUGUCCCGGAAGUGCAAGAUGUUCUGUGGUGCGGAUUUUUGGACCCUUACAAUGAAUCGUACGACAAGGUCACGGCACGUCAGCCCGUACCACUCAAGCGCAUGGAUCAAAAGGAGUUCUACCCUGUUACUACUACCGACGAUCCCGUUCUGGAAAAAUUGGCGAUUGACGGCAUGGGUCAAGUCUUUGUCACGGACGCAAUCCUCGCGCAUCUCAUGACCUGCACCCGAUCCGUGUAUCCCUGGGACAUCGUCAUUCAAAAAUUGCCCAACGGCACGAUCUUUUUUGACAAGCGCGACAACAGCCAGUUCGACUACCUGACCGUUCAAGAAACAGCCUACAAUGCCCCCGCCGACGAAGAAGGCAUUAAUACCCCCGAACGGUUGGGGCUCGAAGCGACCAUGGUGAAUCAGAAUUUCUCACAGCAGAUUCUCAAAAAGAGCGGCCGUAAAGAAAUGGAUUUGCCCAAUCCGUUCUUUGACGAAGAUGAUGCUGACGGCAUGGAACCUGCCAGUACGGCCUUUCGUUACCGCAAGUUUGUCAUGGACGCUGGGACUACCGUCGUGGUGCGUACCGAAUUGCACGGAAUUUUUAAACAGACACAGAACAUGACGGCCUUUGCCCUCAGUGAAUACACGCCCCAGGCGGCCGCUGGCAGCCCCCAGGUUAUUUCCUGGCGGGACAAGAUCGACAACCAACGAGGUGCAGUGCUGGCCACGGAACUCAAGAACAAUUCUUUCAAACUCGCCAAGUGGACGGCCCAAUCGCUACUGGCAGGUGCGGAUCAAAUGAAGAUCGGCUUUGUCAGCCGCAGCAAUCCAAAGAAUGCUCUGGAGCACGUCAUUCUUGGCACGCAAUUCUACCGUCCCAAGGAUUUUGCAACGCAAAUCACGUUGAACGAAGGACAAAUGUGGAGCACAUUCCGCAUGUUUGUAAACAUGGUGCAAAAGCAACCGGAAGGCAAGUACGUGUUGAUGCGCGAUCCUAACAAGGCUGUCGUCUUCCUGUACAAGGUUCCGGCCAAUACGUUUGAAGACGAGGAAUAA